GGCGAGGGAGUAUUCGCUAUCAACCAGGUGGAGUUAGAGCUACGGACACAUCUUCGGAACUUUUAGCUUUAAUUAAUAAUUCACUUGAGUUUUGCUCUGGUUUUAUCCUCGUUUUUUAUCACAGCUUCAAUUAUAUAAUCUCUCAGUUGAUGAUCAUGGAUUCUCUAACCAUUUGGUACAUCGCAUAUUGGGUGUUGCAGAGUCCCACGUGUAAUCCAAUGGACCUAAUAUAUUAUCUUCGGAUGUUGAUGGAACAAAUUCAUAACGGGAUGUUGGGACAGGAAUUCCAGCAGACCAAUAAUCAUAAUAAUUUUCAAUAUUUUCAAUCUGGACCACAAAAUGGACCCACUUCAAAUCCAUUUGGGUCUUAUGCGCAACUCUCUCCUCCGUAUUCACCUGGUUCUAUAGGGUACCUGUCUUCGGUUGCUGCGUCUCCGGCACUCCAGCAAAGCAGUUCGAUUUAUGUUGGAGACUAUCACGGGGGUAGUAAUUUGCCACAUGGCCCAUUCCAUUCUGGUAUCGGAGUUUAUCCUACAAGUACUCUAGCAGCAAGGGUGUCUCCAAGUACAUCCCAACAAUCUGACUUAUUGGAUCUCAGCACUUCACUUAAUACAGAACGGGUCCGGUCAACUCCACGGGUAAACAGAAGAAGAAUAGGCAAAACCAUUCGAUGCCCGUACGAAAACUGUGAUUUCGUGACAGGCUUCAAACACCAUUUGAAGUACCACAUGGACAGGCACACAGGAAUAAAACCUUUCCGGUGUGGACUGUGCUUAUAUAGUUGCAUUAACAAGGCAAUGCUAAAGAGCCAUAUGAAAUUACAUGCGACCACAUAUCAAUACCACUGUGCUGACUGCCAAACGAAGGACAAUUUUUACCAUACCUUCAAGAAACAUCUUGUGGCGACCGGACAUCGACAAGGGAAAACCUUCGAUGAGUAUGGAAACCCUUCUAAGAAAAUAAUUGAUGUCCACGGGAAGCGCAGAGGACUGAAAAAGCCUGCCCAAAUAGAAACAAAAAUCUGCGCAGCAACAGUGGUGUCUCCUCCAGAAACUCCACAUUAUUACUUGAGCCCUGUUCAAGUCGCAUCACUGGACUUGAGAUUUGAUAUUUUCUAUAAAAUGUAACUUAAGAUUUAAAAAAUGUAAAUUAUCUGAAAUUACUUAAUAUGUCAGCAUUGCAAUUUAUUAAUUGAUUUAUAAUAUUAGUUGCAAUACUUCUAUUCCGAAAUUUGACUGAAUUUUAUUAAAAAUUUUCCGGACUUGUUCAUUCGUCAGUAAAGUUCAGUCAGAGAUAUUCGAUAUUUGUUCACGAGUUUUGGCUUAAAGAAAUUUUAAAUAGAAAAAUUCUACUUUAAUCAUCGACUUCUAGUUUUUCAAGUUUUGAAUUCCCGCUCGAAAUUUUGAAUUCAAAUCGAGAAUACUAAACGUCUUUAAGCCGAAAUUAUCUUAUUGAAUGGGUCAGGAGUAUAAGUGACAAAAAAAUUUCAAAAAAACAAAAAAAAAAAAAACUAAAUUCGAAACUACAUUCAGCAGAAAUAAUAAUUUUCUUUGUCAUUUUUAUUCCUUCAACCAAUAUCGAAUAAUAAUAAUAAAUUAGAGACAUAAAGUGAGAUAUUUAUAAUAUAAUAACAGUAAAAAAUAAUAAAUUAAUAUUUAAAUAAAUUAUGUAUUUGGAUCUAACAUUCCAUAAAUAUGACAUAUUUUGUAAUUUUUAUGAGUGAAUAAAUAAAAAAAUAAAAAUAUACUAUA